AUGAACAGACAAAAAUCUGCAGCGUCUUUUUCUUCACUUAAUUAUUCAUCAUACCAAAGCUCCAAACCCGUAAACACUUCGAUUACUUCUAUUAAGCCACAACUAAUAAAACCUUCGCCUUAUUCAGAGCCUAAUCCAAAGCCAAAAACAAACCAAGUUAGGAAGAAAGAAAGCUCGCCUAUUCAGAUGCGCCACAGCUCUCCAGGCAUGAAAAAAUCAUCAUCAAAUGCUUCAUUUCAAACAAAUCCUUCUUCUAAACUAAAAAACCAGACUUUUUCACAUUCUAAUUUAUUUGCAUCAAUUGAAAAUAAUCACUCAAGCCCUACAAAUGCUUCAAAAAGCCUAGUGAAAAGUAUGAAUUUUUCUUUUAAUAAUACAGCAAAUGCUGCACAAAAUAAUCCUUAUAAAGAAACUGGGCAAUACCAGUCAAGGAUAAGCACGGCUUCAACUGAAAUCCAAAUCCUUGAAGGAAGGCUCAGCCAACAAUUAAGAGAACUUUCGCUGAAAGACUCAGAAAGAAUACCAGAUAAAUUAGAAAUAUUUCGGGAUUUAUUCCAAGAAAUUAUAAAAAAAGACACAAUAUAUAGCCCACUUCUAUCAAAAAUAAGGGAUGCAUAUGAUGAAGUAAUUGGAGAGAGCCGCGAAAAAAUGGCUAAUGAUAUUAACUCACGGCUAAACGAGCUAAAUGGAAGACUAAGCAAAUGCAUUGAAGAAAAGCGGAUAUUAGAAAAAAGAAUAGAAAAGAUUUCUAACUCCCCUCCGUGAGCAAACAAAAAAUUUUGUUCAUGGGUUCGAUUUUUUUGAAAAUAUAUACAAAUUAUAUAGUAAAUUUUUUUUUGAUAUUUAAAGCAAAUAUUAAUUUAACUCGCUCACGGAGGGUGGGGUUUUACACAAAAAAUAGGGAUUUUCUAAUGGUUUUGUUCUCUCACGGAGGGGGGAAUAAAGAAAAAUACGAAAUGGAAAUUAUGCUAGAAGAAUGCAAUAUUCAAAAUAACCGUCUCAAAGACAAGCUUCAAAAAUCUUCAAAAAAGUCUUUCCCAGAUUUUGACGAUAAAAGUGUUGGGUUAAUUAUAGAUGAAAAUAAAUCAUUAUCAAAAAUAUGCCAAAAACAGAAAAAUGAGAUUGAUAGUUAUAAGUAUAAGGAAAAGCAGCUUCUGAAGUUGAUACUUGCGCUGAAGAAAAAAGGGUACCCAGUUGAAGAAAUUUAUGAUAGAGAAGUGCAGAAAUCGAAAUAUGAAAUGUAUAAAAAUGAAGAAAACAGUGAGUUAGGAGAAGAGUCUGAAGAUGAGCAGCUUGUAAGUGGCAGACCUAAAGAUGUGCCACGACCGAGGAUCGUCCCAAAACUUAAUUUAAAUGAAGUAAAGCCAGACACGCCAUCAAGCUAUAGUGAUUCGAAUGAAUCAUCGCCUGUUUCCAACGUACAAUCAAUAUAA